GGUUAGGCCCGACCUUGCGCAGCUCUCUCGUUGCCUCGCCUUAAUAUCAAAACCCCAACCAAACAGCUUCAAUUUCUAACAUUUACAAACACAAAAAGAUACCCAAAUAAUCCGACUUUAGUUUAUUUUGAACGGCGUAUAAGUGGAUACAGAGCAUCCGGACAAAACCAAUUAUAAUUCAAUCCACCUCUCAUUCAAUCAUCAUGAAUGUCGACACAAUCCCUGACUUUCUCGGAGAGCAACGUGAUGCUGCGCCAGCCGACCUUCAACAUCUUUUCUUAUCCUUUGAAGAUCUCUGGGAGAAGAAGCUGUGGCAUCAACUGACAGAUACCCUCGUUGAGUUUUUCAAUCACAAAGAAAGCGCUUCCCAACGAUUACCAAUAUAUAAGACAUUCAUCCUCACAUUCGCCGAUAAGAUCAAUCAGUUGAAGCUUGUUACUCUUGCCUUAAGCGCUGCUUCGCAGUGCAAAGAUGGUUCAGAGCGCCUAUCUUUCCUAGAGGCAGUAGCAAAGAAAGUCGACAAUCCCAAUUCCCAAGAUGCGUACGUCUACGCAACAGUGGCUGUAGCUACCGUCAAAUUAGAAUUGCAAGAUCAGGAUGGGGCCAGGAAAGAUUUAGAUAAAUCGGAGAAGAUAUUAGAUGGGUUUGACUCCGUGGAGACAAUCGUACAUGCUGCAUUCUACCGGGUUAACGCAGAGUACUAUCAAUCCAAACUGGAGUUCGCAUCAUAUUACAAAAACGCCCUGCUAUACCUAGCUUGUAUCGACCUCAACGAUCUCACCCCAUCUGAGCGCAAAAGCCGAGCCUACGAUCUGAGCAUCGCAGCUCUUGUAUCCGAUACUAUCUAUAACUUUGGUGAACUUCUUCUCCACCCCAUCCUCGAUACCCUCGUUAAGGACGACGCCUGGCUCCGAGAUCUUCUUUUCGCUUUCAACCGUGGUGACCUUGCUGCCUACGAUGUCCUCUCCGGUCAUAUAUCCUCUAACCCCCUACUCGCACAACAUCGCGAUGGACUCAAACAAAAGAUUUACCUCGCUGCCCUCACCGAAGCCGUUUUCCGCCGCCCUCCUCAUGACCGUGCCAUGACCUUCCGCACAAUCUCCGAAGAAACUAAAGUUCGCCCGGAUGAAAUUGAGCAUUUAAUUAUGAAGGCUUUGAGUUUAGGUUUGUUGCGAGGAAGCAUCGAUCAAGUUGAUGAAAUCGCACGUAUCAACUGGGUACAGCCUAAGGUAUUGGACAUGGGUCAAAUCGAGGGGAUGCGUACACGAUUAGAAGAAUGGGAUUCCAGUGUCAACUCACUGGGCAACUGGAUCGAGUCGAAGGGUCAGGACGUGUGGGCAGCAUGAGGCUCGGCAUCAUAAUUGUGAAACAGAAGGCAAGAAUGGCGUCUUAGGCUUCACAUCGGACUGUAAAAUAGAUAUUCCCUCUCUUGCAUGCAUGCCUGCGGC